GCUGUAGGAAAACAGUUCCUGGUGGACAUCUGGUGUCAGUGCACAAUGCCGGGGCUAAUAAUGACGUGCUCUCCAUUGUGAGGAAGAUGAACCCAAAGUUGCGCAUCUGGCUUGGGGCAUAUGCAUUAUUUCAGUCUGGUAAAUUUCUUUGGACGGAUGGUUCCUUCUGGGACUAUAAUGCUUGGACACCCGGUGAGCCCAGCAACAUCUACUCUAAAAGAGAAGAAUGUGUGGAGAUGAACUGGAAAGACAAUGGCAGAUGGAAUGAUUACACUUGUAACACCAAAAAGAACUACAUAUGUGCCUUCAAAUGCAAGAGCACAGUGCAUGAGUAGACUUGAGACGAUUCAUCACCCCAUAAAACCUUUAGCGUAAAUUAUAAAAAAA